AUGCGAUCCUUGCAAUCUCUCCGAAACACGCUGUCUGAUGGCAGCAGCACUGAUAGUGACGGUGAUGAUGAUGAUGGAGAACGGUGCGGUGUGGAUGCCUCCCCUCCAGAUGCCAGUCUAAGAUGUACGGAUCUAGAUCCAACCACAAGCCGUGUGGAUGAAGAAAAUGGCAUUGUAGCUGCCUACGGUGGACAAAGCAGCGCUACUGCUGUUGACGAAGACUGUGCAGCCAGCACUGGAAAUGAUCCAAGUUUCUCUGAUGCUGCACCGGUACAACACCCACCCAACGAAUCCUUCCAAAAUGGAAGUCACGAACGCCAACCAAUGUGCACUGAGCAAACUUCAGCCAGCGAUACCUUCGACAAUGAAUGCACCCAUGAUAUUGCUCAAUCUCCAGUUCAUGAUGCGAGCAUGACGAAUAUUAAUGCAGAGGUGGUUGUACAAGAUCAUUCACUCCUUGAUCUUGAGGCAGGAACUGAAGGAAAACAAUGUGCCAAUAUGAACAUAAGAGGCAGCAAUUGA